AGGGAUGGCGUGCAAUUGUAUGCAAGCAAGCAGCAUAGUACAGUUAGGUUAGUUUACAAAGAACAGUCGUCGCGGUUGGAGGUGUUUGAUUACGGUGUCCGCUCGUAAGUUGAAUGAGGUGAAAGUACCUGCUACCUAUAUAGUUGAAUGUCUGUUGUACAGUGCUCGCAGACGUUGCUCGUGAAGUGAAACAUAUUUUCGGGAAUAUUGUGCUGUGUAACUGUGAAAAUUGCAUGUACGUCGUGAUCUAUCUGUUGUGAGCCCAAAGUGCUUUACAGAAUCAAAGUGAGUGUCAAUACUUAAGUUUCGUCCUCCGCUGUUAGCGCCUUUGUGUUGGGAUUUGUUUUCGGGUACGUCGUACGUGUGCUGUCCUGUGAAGCGUAUUUUUUGUGGCUGCUGUCGCAUCUAACGUGACGAAAGAAAAAUAUAUAAAAUUGAAGCUGACGACGAGACGACGAAAUCAGGAAUAAAUAGUGCACAUUUCCUCGAACCACUCGGAUUACUCCUCUUGAAACGAAACUGCUCCUCCAGACCAGACCCGGCGCUAGACGAACCGAACCUGUUGUUGUCUGGCUUCUUUGUGCGUUAAGCUAGUAGACGUUAGUGGUGGUGUGAUCGAAGCGAGAGCUUGAGCAGCUCCAGCCACCAUCGGUCAUAAGCAUUAAAGUACUGACUUUAUAUCCUCACCCACCACCGCCCCAAAGCCCACGCCCGUCAAAAUGCCGUCGGUGGGAGUAGCCUGCGUGCGAUAUCUGGUGUUUUUCUUCAAUUUCCUGUUUGCGAUCACUGGAUUGGUCGUUAUAGUAACCGGAGCCAUUAUCCAGUCGUCCUAUCAUCAUUAUUCAAAUUUCCUCGGUGAAAGUUUCUGGACUGCACCGAUAGUGCUAAUCGUGAUUGGAUCCGUCAUAUUCGUCGUUGCCUGCUUCGGUUGCUGCGGAGCUGCCAAGGAAAGUCCCUGCAUGAUUAUUACGUUCUCGAUUUUCCUUGGAUUGGUAUUUUUGGCGGAAAUUGGAAUCGGUGUUGCCGGAUACUACAAGCACGAAGAGCUCAGCGGCAUCCUGGAGAAAGGUUUCAACGAAACGCUGGAUAAUUACUCCAACAGCAUACCGGCUCAGCAAGCCUGGAAUCUGGUGCAGUCGGAGAUGAAAUGCUGCGGUGUAAAUGGACCGGAAGAUUGGGAACCGAUUUUCAAGAACGAUACCGUACCGAAAUCUUGCUGCCAUGAGCUGCCGUAUGGCGUUACCAAGUGCACCCGACAGCAUGCGGAGCGAGAAGGAUGUUACCCAAAAUUGUCCGCUUUCCUGGGAUCGAAAUCAUUAAUUCUGGCUGGUAUUGGUAUCGGUUUAGCUGCCGUACAGCUUGUUGCUGUUCUGCUAGCUUGCUGUCUGUAUGGAUCUUUCCGACGACAGUAUGAGACCGUCUAAAUUGGAACAACCUUUCUUUAGAAUCUUCAACGAAGGCUCGUCAGGUAGGGGUAGAGAACAUCGAUUGGAAUGUUGUAGAAUGCCCAUAUUCACAAAGUAUGAAAUGAAUCAUGUAUAUCUUCUUAUAUACAUAAUGCUCAUAAAAUUCUUAGCGAAAACGUUAUUGCCGAACAAAGGAAAAUAUUUAGGAAACAAAAACACAUUUCCAGUGCGAUUAGAUGUCGUAAACGCAUUCAACAUUUAGUUUAGUAUUCCCUGCAAAUCGAUAACAAUAAUAAAAAAACAGAGUGAGAUAAUGUAUAGUAGGUACAUGGUGUUAACGCGACCGUGAAAUUGGUGCGUAACGAAAGGAUAUUGCAACUGAUUGGACCCAAUUUGGCAUUAAUCGUUUAAUCAUCAUAAUAACACUACUCCAUCCAUCCACAUGCUCACAUUCCGCAUAGUUUUUUCGGUGUUAUCUAUAAUCCUAGGAUUAGAAAUGGAGCUUAAUCAUAAUUCCACCCGAACCUUUUCACGCUUUUUAGCACGUUGUCCCCGAAAGGGCGAAAAAAGAUAGUAACUGGAGAAGAUCAAAGACCAAAAGCAUUCAAAUUUAUUCACCAUGUUAUACACCGAUAAAAAGUGGGAAAUUUUGUCAGCACCUUCAAGAGUGUCAGCCACACCCACAUACAAUAAUAUUUGUAGUUUGUAGAUAAGACGUAAUAUUCGAUGAACAUCCGUCAGAGAAAUAUUGCAGCAAAUAUAGAUGAACAAAUGUAAGAGGGAAUUUCCUCGCGAAUCAGUAAAAUCAUUUUAGAUUGCCAAUUAUAUACUAACAAAAAGAGUAACGGGAAACAAAACACAAAAGAAAGUCCGUGAAUCAAUCAAAUAUCAACGUAAAACCCCAAAUUGUUGCCCAUUGGAGGUACGUUCCGAAAUAAUCUAUUCGAUUUAAAUACUGUCUCGCCAUGAAAUUUACUUAUUUUUAAUACGAUGAAUCUCGCACGGAAUUUUUAAUUGAGAACGAAAAAAUCGAUUUUUUACCAUCCCGAUGAAUUAUAUCGAUGGCUUUAUGAUACAUACAUUCUUUAUUCCUUAAUGUUAACAACAUGAAACCAACGUUCAUUUAUUGUUCAGGUUUAACUUUUGAGAAGACGAAUGGAAACCACCAAAAAUGUCGUCUGACACUGUAGAUGUUAUUGUACCAAACAAAAAAUAAAAAGCCGCAGGAUUAACUUGUCAACAUUUCUUGCUCAUUCCGCAAUAGAUAUUAGUGAUGAAAUUUAAAACUAAACUUGAAAGAUGCAUUUUACCAAAUAGUUUAAUUUUCACAUUUAAUCAGUAACGUGAAUGCUAGUAAUUUGCUAGGAGAAAAAAACACACAUACACACAUUUAAAUCUAAACAUUUCAAACACUUUUCACCGCAUCGUAAAAUCAUAGUUUUCUCACCUGAACCGAUCAUUUUGAGGUACACUCACACACACCACAGACACAGAGGAAGCCAAGUGCUUACCAAGCUAAUGUCUCGUAUUGAUAUUUUUAUAAAUGUAUUUUAGCGCCUAAGUCUGAAAUAAAGAUUGGCUAUAACUAGAAGAGGUCUGUUUCUGUGCGACUGCAUUGACUGUUGAAAAAUGCCCUUUCUCGUUUUCCAAAACAAAAAAAACUUUAGACAAAACAAAUUAAACGUUAAAUAAAUCAGCUCCUUCAUUAUCGUCGAUUGCGAAA